AUGGAGCGCUCAUUCAAGGAUGAGGACUCGGCUCGAGCAUCUAGUGAAUUUCUCAUUGAGCACCAAUCACGCACGCGAAGCCCAAGCCAGAAGCCAUGGAGCAAGCUAAAAGCUGCCAUUUUGAUUGUGUUAUUCCUGGUUGGCUCUCUGGAACUGAUUGUACUGGAAACGAUUCUCGUUCGGAUGAGCGAAAAGAAUAGCUGCCCUCCAACAUUGCUCGGCGAGCUAAACAGCCUUGUCCCGAAUUUCCCUAUAAAACCCAUGUUGUUCCGAAAAGACCCGUCCGCCACCGUUGACCACGACUCGGAGCAGUCAAGGAAUGAAACCAGGGAUAAUUGGCUAUCGUACAUGCCUAGAGGAAAUGGCUUCAUCGCUGUCAAUGAUUCAGCACAUUUUCCAUCAAAUGCAUUGCUUGUCAAGUACGCCAUCAUGGACAGAUACAACGACUUGACUAGCGGUUCAGCCGAGGGUCAACAAGACCACGCUCAGCAUGGCGAUCAUGACCGACGAGGCUCAAAAUCGCACAGACACGUGGACCACUGCUUCAGAUAUCUGCGGCAGUCGUUGCUCUGCUGUGGUGAUACCGCAUUGGAAGGACAAGACCCAAACACGGACAAGGCAGCCACCAAUGGUGUAGGGGCAGUUCACAUGUGCAAAGAUUUUGAGGCUAUUCGAUCCUGGGCAGAGGAUAAUAGACUAGUCGACCACAAGGGUGAAUGA